AUGUGUCAACACCCUCUCCAUGGUUUCAUUGCAGGACUCCCAAAAUGUGAACACCACGUCCACCUAGAGGGCUGUCUAACUCCCGAGUUAAUCUUUCAACUUGCUGCACGUAACGGAGUGACCCUCCCAAAGGAUGACCCAGCCUUCACCUCCAUCUCAACCUUGGCAGAGCGCUACGACCGCUUCACUUCACUAGAUGAUUUCUUACACUACUACUUCGCCGGCAUGGCCGUCCUGCAAAAGGAAAGCGAUUUCGCCGAUCUCGCUUGGGCCUAUUUCCAAAAGGCCCAUUCCGACGGCGUCCACCAUGCCGAAGUCUUCUUCGACCCUCAAGUCCACCAGGACCGUGGUAUCCCCUACGAGACUAUCGUUACAGGCUUCUCUGAGGGCUGCAAGCGUGCUGAACGCGAACUGGGCCUGAGCACCCGACUUAUCCUUUGCUUCUUGCGCCAUUUACCCGUUGAAUCGGCUAAUGAGCUGUACAAGACCUUCCUUGCCUCAGGAGAUUAUGAGAAAGGAACCAUCCACGGACUGGGAUGGUCUUCCUCUGAAGUUGGGCCACCGAAGGAUAUGUUCCGAGAGAUUUAUGCUUCUGCGCGGGACCAGGGAAUCCCACUUACGGCUCAUGCUGGUGAGGAGGGUGAUUCGACGUAUAUCAGUACGGCGAUGGAGCUUGGAGCGACGCGAAUUGAUCAUGGGAUCAACUUGAUUCAGGAUCCGGAGUUGAUGGCGCGGUGUGCGCGUGAGAAUGUUCUUAUGACUGUCUGCCCGGUUUCGAAUGUGAAGCUCCAGUGUGUGAAGUCUGUGGCGGAGGUGCCGAUUCGGAAGUUCUUGGAGGCUGGGGUGAAGUUUUCCAUUAACAGUGAUGAUCCGGCUUAUUUUGGGGCUUAUAUUUUGGAUAAUUACUGUGCUGUGCAGGAGGCCCAUAAUCUUUCUAUUUUGGAGUGGAGGAUUGUGGCGGAGAAUUCGGUGCAGGAGAGUUGGAUUUCGAAUGAAAGGAAGGCGGAGUUGUUGGAGCGUAUUGAGGCUCAUGUGAAGAAUUUCCUGUAG